AUGCAUCAACUUUCGCUGCGCCCUCCCCCUCCGACUGGCGCACGCUUUGAUUCAUUCCCAGCCGCCCUCUCCGACAGCAGCAGCAAGAGCAGCAGCAGCGCCAGCAAGCCCAAGCCUUCCGCCGCCAGCGCCGGCUUUGCCGCAGCGGUGCGCGCCGCCGGGGAAGGCUAGGCAAGGCGAGAGCGGGCAAAUCGCCGCGUCGCAGCCCCCAGUUGAAGGAAGGAAGGAAGGCGGGAAGGAGAGAGAGAGAAGGAAGGAGGGAGGGUCAUCCGGGCAGCGUCUCACCACACACCCUGAUCCUUCCCAUCCCUCUGCAGCAGGCAGAGUCUUGUCUCCAAAAUCGAUUCCUUCUCGCUUCGAUCCAGCCCUACCGGCGACAGGAAGCGGUUAAAAAGAUCUGACAUCUCCCCGUCCCAAGUACAGCCCGCGAAGGGGCUUCCGAGGCGCCGCGCACCGGCCAUGGAUCCGGCCCUGCUGCGUCCCGCACCUGCUCGUGGGGGCGGGUAGCUCCUCCUUGCGCGCGCCGAAGACGCUUUGCCAAUCGGGCUGCGCUGCCUGGUUAGAUCGGGGUGUGUGUAUGUGCAUGCCCGUGUUUUCGCAGAGAAAAAGAGACAGGAUGCCCAUUCGGAAGGCACUCCGGAUUUAAAGGUGACUCGCGGAUCCUUGCCGCCAGCGGACCCGGAGCAAGGCCGUGAGCGCCUGGAGCCUGGCCGGCGCACCUCGGAGUGAGGAGGACACGGCUCCUGGGAUCGGGAAACAAGCAAACAAAUAAAUUUUUUGGAAAGAAAAUUGGCAGGAAAUUCAAAGCUCCAGACGCGGGAUCCGCGGCAGGACAAGCCACCCCGGCUCGCCUCGCCCUGGCUUGGUGAGGAGGAGAAAAGACCCCCGCGCGCUCUCCGGGCCCAUCCCAACUUUUAUGGAUCCUCCCGCCGGCUGCCUCUUCUGCAUCUCCUCGAGCUCUCGGUCCCCGGCUUCGUCCCGUCGCAGCGCCGCGGCGCAAGGGGCAGCCGUCGGGGCAACUAGCGGCGCAGCGCCCCCUGCCGCCGCCGCCCUCUUCGGGGCCGAGCGGGAUCAAGUGGCCGAGGCCGAGUCAGCUGCAUCCGGCUCCGGCAUUCCAAGGCGCUCUUGGGUUUUCUCCUGCGGGCGCUGAGCUCAGCCCCGGGCUAUAAAUACCCUCCCUGGAAGACUCUCCCCCAGGAUCGUCUGUCUGUUGACCGCAGGCGGUUGCUGGGAAGGGCGGGGGGAGCCCGGCGCUGUGUCUGUCCCCCUAGGCCAAGAAGGGCGCGCACCCUGGAUCCGAACCCCCCGGGAUGGCUACCCCGCGCCCCAUCUCGCUCCUGCUGUGCUUGGCCCUGGGUGAGUUGGAGAAACAGGGGGGUGGGGGCGAGGGGAGGGAGAGAGAGGCAACGGGGUGAAUCCGGAUCUAAGGGUACGGAGUGGGACCUCGGUGGGGGUGUUGCGGAAGCCUAGUUUAGACGUGCAGGGGGAGCAAAACUAGCUGGGUCCUUCCUUGCUUCCUGGUCUUUGCUCAUUUAGGGCCUGCGCAGGCACCCGGUUCAAUCCCAAGAAAACCCACUUCCUAGAUUUUGUGUCGUGGGACUUGAACCCAGUGCAAAACACGCACAUCCCUGCCCCCUCCUCAAUUCAGCUAAGGGCUUCUGUUUUUGUUUUUCUGGGGCAUGAUUCAGAUAGAAUCUGAAUCUCUUGGGAUUCACUAUUGUGAACCCAGUGCUGAGUCUUCUCUGAGCUUUCACUGGCCCUAUAAAGAGGUUCUUCUCUGGAGAGGGUGCAAACAGUCCAUCCUGGGGAGCUGGAAAUCCAGCUCCAGUUCUUCGCUGCCUCUAUUAGGGUUUGCAUAUUGACCCCAGUCUUAGGGCCCAGGAUUUUGUGUAUGUUGUGCAGGGCUGAACAGAGGCCACACCACUUCCACUCAAUUCUUUUCUGCACUUUUUUUUAUAGGUCCCACAGAGUCCAUUCCAUGGCCUCUAAAAUCCAUGUCAGGAUUUCUUUGUCUGUUCCCCAAAGGGCCCCAAAGUAGCACCUCCCCAUACAGUCAACCCAGCAGGGAUAAUCUCAGAGGAACCAGGAGCAGAUUGCAAAUGUAAUAGCAAUUUGGGGGUGGGAGUGAGUAGUCACAGUGGCUGCAAAGGUAAUGGACUUUUAAGUGAACAAUAGCCCAAGGAAGGUGCCCCAGUUUUUGUGUGCUAAGAUGUUCUCCAAAAGGGGUCUGAGUGAGUCCGGCUAAAGCCAGUGGGAUUUAUUCCUGAAUCUACAAAUGAAGGAUCAGGCUGUGCAUUUGUGUGCAGAAGAGAAACAGGGAAUUGUGUGAAAAAAUAAGGCAGGUACAGUUGAAAGGAUAGAGGGUUUUGGGGGGAAGGGUUGCUGCAGACAAAAUAUAAGUGUUUCUCUUGCUAAACUUCUAUGGGGGGGGGAAUGGACAGGGUAAAAAGAAACUAAGGAAGGAUCACACCCAUUGUUGUCAAUGAUCUGGGGUGGCCUCCCCCCCCCCCCAAAUAUUUCGGUGCUUUAGUUUGCCACAUAUUUUUCUUCUUCUUUUGCAUUCAUGAGUAACAAUGAAUGCCAACUGCUAAUAUAAAAUUAGACAAGCAUGGCAUUUCCAAAGUUUCUAGCUUUCUUUCUUAAAUACAAGCAAAAUAAAAAUGCUAAAUAAGGCAGUGUGCUAGGGCAUCAGAAAAAUCCCGGUGGCAAACUACCCUUAAUUUCCAUGGGGAAAUUGCCCAGUACAAAUGUUUCUAGAAAACCUACCUUACCUAUUCCUGCCUCCUGCCAGCCUCCUCUUGGGUCCCCUUCCAUCUGUCUCUGUUCCUGCAUGUCAGCAGCCUUUUCUGAUGGGUUUUUGGGUAGGGUAAUACCUUCUUGCUUUUAGAAAUCUUCCCAGUGGUGCAAUCAGGUAAUUUUAGACCUUGGACUAUCCUCCCCACUCCCAAACACUUUAGAUGGCGAUGUGUUUGACUCGACUUCAAAACGUGGCAUCCCGAACCCUGCUGCUUGGGGGACCCUGAUUCUUCAGAGUCUGGGACCCUGGACUGCUGCCCUCAAGUCCUAACCUGACUGUGCUGCCUGGUCUCUAUCCUCUCCCUUCCAUAUCUGUGCUUUCCUGUGCCAGGAUCUUCCGGUUCAUCCCCAUAGAUUUAGUAUGGCUUUGGAGGAGGCAGAGGAAAAGGAGAAAGGUGCUUGGAAUAGCUCAGUUGGUAGAGCAUGGGGCUCUUAAUUUCAGGGUUGUAGGUUUGAGCCCCAUGCUGGGCAAAAGAUUCCUGCAUUGCAGGGCGUUGGGCUAGCCUUUCUCAACCUGUGGGUCCCCAGAUGUUGUUGAACUACAACUCCCAUCACCCCUAGCUAGCAAGGCCAGAGCUCAGGGACGAUGGGAGUUGUAGUCCAACAACAUCUGGGGACCCACAGGUUGAGAACUGCUGGCAGUGGUCCGUUCCAACUCUCCGAUUCUAUGAAAACUCUCCCACCAUCUUUGAUAGCAUCUGUGGCGACUUGUGGCCUUCCUCCAGAUGUCGUCAGUGGCAACUAGUCCAGCAAAAUCUUGCCUAUCUAUCUGUGGAGAUUGCCAACCCUUGCUUUGGGGUUCUCUGUUCUGACCCAGUGGGAUGCCCCGACUUCACAAAGUACACAGGGUGUGUGUGUGUGGUGCCUUUAGGUGUUCCUACCUUGCUGAGCACAGUAACGACGACCCCGAGCCAAUGUCUCUGUGCGCAUUGGUUUCCUCGCGGAUCCAGGAUAGUGAAAAUAAUUGGACUCCAUAGAGCAAUAUUUGCUCUCGUACUACACAGCCCCCUGGAUCCAGGAAGAAUAGAGGGUGGGGGCGGGAAUUUCAAAGCAGACAUGCAGAUCAAUCCACUACUUAGCAAUUUAUUUAUUUCCAGUCAUUUGUGCCUCUGCUUUUUCGCUUGCCGGAUCACCCAGGGGAGUAAAACGUAAAGAAAAAAAAGAAGAAGCUGCAUUAAAUACACAGAACGAUCCUAUGUAUUUACCCAGGAAUAAGUCCCACUGUAUAAAAUGGGUAAGCGUGCAUGGGAUUGCAGCCACAACCAGAAAUAUUAAAAUAGCUGAUUAAAGCAAAUGGGCAACAUGACAUAGCAUAAGGCUGUAACAGCUCCUCAGUAUAAAGAACCAUUUGCCCACUGAAAUAAAACCCAUUGGAAUGGAUGUAGAAAUAUAGGGCUGGACAGACAUAAUUCAGGAAGGUAUUGCAAAACCUUUGACACCAGUUUAUUUAUCCACCUCAUUGUAAUCUUCCGGAGAGCUAGGUCGACAUGCAUGCUUUCCUCUCCAUCUCAGUGUUGUUUUCACAACAGCCCUGUGGGGCAGGUUAGGCCGAGAGCCAGUGGCGACCCCCCAAGAUUACGAAGAUUGAUUUAUGGCUGAAUGCGGGUUUUAAAUUUGGGUCUCCCGAUUCCUAGUCUGCUACACCAGAGGUGGGCAGAAAGUAGAUUGGGAUCUACUAGCUCUCAGGAUGAUUUGCAGUAGAUCAGCAAGAGUGGUCCCCUCCUUCCCCCCCUUACUCCUAGUCAUUCAACAAUUGCAACUGCAGAAGAACUUUUCCCUCCUAAAUUAGGCCACUGAGAUGAAGAAAGCUCACUAAGAGUGGAUUGUUAAUGUGAAACGAUUAUGAGCUCAGUUCAGUUCUGGUAAUGAAGACAAAAUCCCAGGCUCAGAAUGUGCUCAAGAGGCAACCUGCCCCGUUCCUUAAUUCUAAACUGUAUAUAUUUUGCACCUAACUUCUGUUUGUGGAUCUUGGGGUUAUAGUAAAAAAACAAAGAAGACUCAACAAGCCAGUACUAUACCACACAGCAAAGGGACUGAUGCCUCCUGCCCCCGGAAAGAAAGUUUCUUGGUUGCCUUCCCACACAUAUUUAUGUAUAGCUAAAAUAAGAUAAUUAUUUGUUUCCAAUUUUUAAAAAACUGUCCUAUGCCUGGUAGCCUGGAAGUGAUUUUUUUAAAAAUAUACUCACCCCAGGGGCUGGUUGCUAUUUGCAAGCCUGUCUUAAUCAAAAGCUCUGGAUGCUUUGCAGAUGGAAGAAAACCCAUGCCUAUUUUCCACAUUCUGGAAAGUACUGGAUGAAUCUAUUCCCGGUCUCCACCCCCCCACUUGCAUCCUUCCUACACUUUGGCAAGGCUUGUGCGCUGUAUUUUGUUAUGUCAACAGUACAUCUCUCUAGUGGAAUGGGUGGGUGAUGUCAUGGCCCUCCUCCCAUCUGUGUCUACCUGUAUUUAUUUAUUAUAUGGGCUUUUCUCGGGAUCUCAGAACGUGAUCAUUAGAAGUGAGAUUCCUAACACUGAAGUGCUUUUUCAGAAAUCAGCAAUAAUUUAGCAAUACAUGCUGAAGUCAGUUUCUCUCUCUCUCUCUGUAAAUAUUUUUAUCGAAGGUUUUCUACAUUGCAUACAAGAAAAGCCAAACUAAUCUAAAGAAAAAGAAUAAAGAAUAACCUAAAUAAAAAAGAGAGAGAAUGGUAAAGAAAUAGAGAGGCAGAAGGAGAAAAAUAAAAAGAAUGAAUACCAAAAGUCCUCUAUUGGAAUUUUAUCAAAUCCCUUUCUCCAUAUACAGAAAAGUAGACCCUCCCAGCUCGCACCUGGGCCCCUGAUCUUUGAUCUGUCAUCUUCCUGUGUAUAUCUUCAUCAAUCCAAAAUAAGGGACUUUUACAAAGUCUCCAUAGCAGUGGGCUAUACAAAAGGCAUACAGAUUGAUCUGUUUUAAAUCCUGAAAUUUGCGAACCAGCUGUAUUUCACAAGCUGUCUGGUGCUGAAUUAAGGCGCACGGGUGGAAUGACGUUAAAACCGUGAAAUGGAAAGUGGAACAUUUUUGACAUCUGUGGCCGCCGAUGUGGUAGCGUCGACUGCGCAAUGUGUCACACGUUUUACUCAUGCCAUCUGAGCUGACAGGAAUUUAGGGUUCUAGAGCAGAACUCGCAAACCGUUUGUUCCUUGCGCACCACUACUUCUAAAUUCCUCAAACAAUUUCUUCACUUCUCUGACUUGAACAAGUGAGGGAAAACUCUUUCAGCACCCAAACUGAAAUUAUGGGGGGCUUUAUGCCCUUAUGGACAACCUUCGGGGGGAGGGUUACAUGCCCAGGUGGGUAGGAUGGGGGGGGCAGGGUGCUGGCCUGUGGGAUUUUGCCGGCAGAGGUGGCUGCCUCAGUCCGCCUCAUGGGCCGGCUGGCCCUACAAAAAGCCGACAGACAGGACUCUGGUCCUGGAAAUAGCCAUCAAGAGUAGCUACUGUUGAUGACCUGUGAAAUGGUGAGAACCCCUUUCGAAACCAUCAGAAUUGGUGGCCAUUAUCACAUUUUGGGAUCUGUAAUCCCAAAGAAAUAGGGACGAGGGUGGCGCUGUGGGUUAAACCACAGAGCCUAGGACUUGCCGAUCAGAAGGUCAGCAGUUCGAAUCCCCGCGACAGGGUGAGCUCCCGUUGCUCGGUCCCUGCUCCUGCCAACCUGCAAGUAGAUAGUGCAAGUAGAUAAAUAGGUACCGCUCUGGCGGGAAGGUAAACGGCAUUUCCAUGCGCUGCUCUGGUUCGCCAGAAGCGGCUUAGUCAUGCUGGCCACAUGACCCGGAAGCUGUACGCUGGCUCCCUCAGCCAGUAAAGCGAGAUGAGUGCUAAUGGUCAGGGGUCCCUUUACCUUUAAUCCCAAAGAAAAGCUAUUUACAAAAGGGAAGCUGCAUGCUUGCUUGCUGUGGUUGAGCUGCACUGACCUUGGUUUGUGUUUUUUUUGCAAAUGACAUACAAAUGACACCUUUUUAAAUAUGUAGCUACAUAUUUGUUUCAGGUGUGGCCCUCUUGGACUCACCUCUGCUGUUGGGCAGGAUGCUUUCAUUGGGGUGCGAAGGGUGUACAACCCUCGUCAGCAACCAGAUUUUCUGGAGGGCUAGAACAGAGUCAGGGGUGGAGGGUCAAGAAGAUCCCCUGGUUCCCCCAAAGCACUGCAUUCCUUCGUUUGCAAAUUUCUGUUCUGCUGCAGAUGCCACACUCUCUGCCCUUUUGGCCAUGGUCUGGCAACAGAUGGGCCAAGUGGUCUUAUGCAGUUGGUCAGAUUUCAUACCAGGGCCUCUGGCUGCUAACCAAUAGCACAGAGAGAGCACCUGGAUAGCAUUCCAAGUCACCCCAUUAAUUUACAACCAGGGCCAAGAAAAAAUGUGGUGCUAAAACGGGAACCCAAUCUAAGCUGAUGGCCAAACUGCACUGGGUAUUAAUUUGCUAGCCUCCCCCAAGUUAUUAAAUCUGUUUGUCCAUCAAGGGCUUCAGGCAGAGAUUUUUCACUUCAGUUGAUAGCUGUUCCUUUUAACUCGGGCGGAGAAACUUUUCCCACCCAAAGACCACAUUACCUUCUGUGCUGUGUGUGUGCAUGUCAGUGGUGGGUGGAGCCAGAAGCCAAAAUAGGUGGAGCAAUAGAUUUGACUCUUUAGGACAGUAAAGCUUCCUUCCAGCCACCCCAAGGUCAAAGAUAUCUGUACAUCCACUUCUCCAUGCUCCAUCUAGGCCAACAAGAGGCAUUAACACACAGUUGAAGGACACUUUCUGGCCAGGCCAGAGCAUUUAAUGAGGUGUGGGCGUGGCUUGGAGAGGGGGCGUGGCCUGAAGAGAGUUCCAAGGGCCACAUUCAGUGAGGCCUGCAAGGCUGCAUUCAGCCCCAGCGCCUGAAGUCCCCCACCCAUUUUAACUGAGGGUAGCAAUGCUGCUGCAUUUAUUUGUUUUUAAUUGCAAACCGAUGUGGGAAUAUGCAGAACUGAACUUCUUGAAAGGAUGAGACACUGAAAGAAACAGAAAUGGACAAAUUCUCCCAGUCUUGACAGCAAAGGGGAGCAAGACAUCCUGGAGGAAACUGUAUGUUUUUAAAGGUGGGGGAGUAGUGAUGUUAUAAUUUGCAAACAAUAUUAAAGGUAUGCUCUUACCUUAUGCUAAUAGAAGGAGCUGUACAUCUGGGGAUUGUUUGUGUUUCUGGACGCUACUUAAAACUAAUGGUCGGCCCAUUUCUAAUCAUUAAAUUUUCACGGCUCUUGCUCGAGUGCUGCAGAGUUGAUCGUGGGGCUGUGGCCAAAUGGCAGUGCUCAGGAAGAUACAGUCCACCCGCCUCCUGACAUUCCCCGAGCUUGCUUGACACUCGUCGGCAAGGUCCUUGCAAGACCCAUGCAUUCCCAGGGUCUGCAUCGGCGUGGAGAGAAAUCAGGCAUUUGCUAAGGCCUGCAGAAACCUUGGCCACCGGCCUCUGCUCCCAUCUUCUCACCUGGUGGGCCGCAGUGAUCUCCCAGGCUUUCUCGCAGCAAGCAUCUUUGAUGUCAGAAGCGCAUGAAACGAGUGGGACCUGCAACACAACGUUGCAGCGUGCCUUUUAGCUGCUCAGUGUUCCAGCCAACCCGGCAGCUUCUUUCAGGAUACUCCCGUUUCAUUCCUCUCUUCCAUCGCAUGACCGUUCUCCUUCAACCAGAUACUCAGUGUUUUGCAGCCGUUGAGCCUCUUCAGUCCCCAUUUGGGUUUGUUUUUCCCUGAUCCAUUAAAUUCACCCCCUCCCAAAAAAACACAGCUCCCCUUUUUGAGUUCUCCAGGCAUGCUGAUAUCUCCCUCUUGUUUCUCAAUGGCCACAUUUUGGCUACAGUCCUGUUGGCACUUACCUUCUGUGUUUGCUAUUAGAGGGAUGGAUGAGAGGUGCUAUCGGGAAGCAUCCACCUUUGUCCUGGGAGCCCAUUCUCUUAGCCUCAGAUGUUGGCUCUGGUUCUGCAACGGCAAGAGGAAAAGCACUUUGAACAUUCUCCCGGGCGGCGUUUUCUCCUUUGGGAUUGGGCAUGUGCACUGAUUUCCGCUGGCCCAAAAACCUGGAGCUGGCACCUCCUAUUUAAAAUAAUAUUUAUAUUCACGCAUACAAACACAACCCAGACAGAGUAAGCUGGCAUCUAGUCCUCCCAAUCUCACCCCCUUUUCUUCUCCUUAAAAUAUAUAUUCGUUCCCUAAUUCAGGCUGAAGGAGAUGAGUUGCAGAAGGGGUGGCCCGCUGAUUUUCCAGACUUAAAUUCUCCACAUUUCCACAGCAACUUGCGAUGGGGAAAAAAAUCCUCAUGAAAAUUCAUCAACACGUCUAUGCCAAUUUCUCCUGAUAAACAUGUUACAGUUUACAUAGAAUAAUAGAAUUGUAGAAUUGGAAGGGACCCCAAGGGACAUCUAGUUGUACCCCCUGCAAUGCAGGGAUCUAAACUAAAGCAUGCACAUUUACACAUUUUUUGCAAUCAGUUCCCCCUGGAAAAAGUACAUUUUUGUAUGUUAUUUUCACUAAAAUAUGGCUUGUAAUAAGCUAAGUCCUACUCAGAGUAGACCCAUUGAAUGACUGUAAAUUUAUAUAUCUUGCUUUCAUUGGGCCUACUCUGAGUAGGGCUGACAUUGGAGACAACCCUAUGUUUUAUGCACAUCCACCCCCCUAUAUGUGCAUUUUUUGGUAUAUGGUGUUUGGUCCAAGCAUUGCAUUGCAAAAUUCAGAGAAGUGCAAACUUUGAAUCAUAGAAUCAUAGAGUUGGAAGAGACCACAAGGGCCAUCGAGUCCAACCCCCUGCCAAGCAGGAAACACCAUCAGAGCAUUCCUGACAUAUGGUUGUCAAGCCUCUGCUUAAAGACCUCCAAAAAAGGAGACUCCACCACACUCCUUGGCAGCAAAUUCCACUGUCGAACAGCUCUUACUGUCAGGAAGUUCUUCCUAAUGUUUAGGUGGAAUCUUCUUUCUUGUAGUUUGGAUCCAUUGCUCCGUGUCCGCUUCUCUGGAGCAGCAGAAAACAACCUUUCUCCCUCCUCUAUGUGACAUCCUUUUAUAUAUUUGAACAUGGCUAUCAUAUCACCCCUUAACCUCCUCUUCUCCAGGCUAAACAUGCCCAGCUCCCUUAGCCGUUCCUAGAAGAAGAGCUGCGGUUUGGUUCACAUAUUGGUUUGAAAAGUGUAGGUAAGGUAGUUUCUUGUUAAACGCAAACAGAAUCACAUUUCUCCUUCGUUGCCUGUUAGUGCUGCUGAGUUAGAUGGAAUGAAACAAUUGCCUAUGUUUCCAGAGCCCUGAGGUCCCUUCCCACUCUUUUUGUACCUGCCCUUUCCAAGUAUGCUAGCAGCCAUGUGGAAGGAGACUUUGCACAUGUAUAUGUGAAGGAAUCAAGGCAUCUUGUUAAGCCCUUGCCCCCUCUAGGAAAACCUGGGGCCAAACCCUCAAGAAAAAGUAACUUUCAUAAUUUUCCCUACCUGGUCACCUUGAGCCAGAUUCUGACUCAACCCUAGGCGAGCAGCUGUUUACAAGCCUGUUUUUAAAGCCCUGGGGGUUUCUGGCAUGAGAUCGCAGAGGCUGAACGUCAUGUCCUGCUGGUUCUCAAGCAGGAGAGUGCUGAGGAUUGGUCAGCAGCUAAGACUUUUGCAAAAGAACCGCUGGUGCUUCAGAUGCUACUGAUUGUGUGCUGAAGUCAGCAAAGCUCCCUCUGCAAGCUCUGUCCUUCGAGCCAGCAGGGUGUCAUUGCUGAUGCAUGAAAAGCGGGGAGAAAGAAAAUGACCUGCCGGAGGACGCUGGCUCUCGCCCACUGGUGUGCUGACACGCUUUGCAGCCACAAACAUGCGCACAUGCGUUCCUCCCUUUGCUGACAAUGUUGUCACACCUACUCAAUUACUCGCCCACGGGUGCUCAGUCACACUUAAUGAUGAUGCAGUCCCAGUAAUUGAUCUCUGCAGGCUUCCCACUCUGACGCUUUCAUUCCUACUCCCAAGGAAGAGGCAGGAUUCCUUGUGGGGUGAGGUGAUCUUACUGGUCAGUUCUGGGGCCCAAGCUCACAGGUGCAGUGGCGGAGGAAGGGGGGCAGGGGUGGUCCUCCCCAGGUGCCAUCUCUGAGGGGGUGACAAGAAGGCACCCCACGAGGGACUUGCCCUGCCACCCCGGGUGCGGCGGUGCGAGCUGCCGCCAUCAUGCCGCCGCCGCAUGCGGAAGAUCCUCCACUUGCAGCUGCACCCUCCGCCACCGUCCGUACGGCGCUCUCACAUGGGUGGUACUUAGUGGCGCAUGCACUGUACAUAGCAGUGCGCACGCAUGCGCACCGGGCGGUUUGCCCCGCCCCCGACAUCCCGGACUGGGUGGCGGUUCUCCUUCCUUCGCCCCUGCACAGGUGUCCCAGCACAGGAAGAAUGGAUACAAAAACUCCUGGAAUAUGCAGAAAUGGUGAAACUUACUGGAAGAAUAAGAAAUCAAGAUAACAAACUUUUUAAAAAAAUAAAAGAAUGGAAAUGGUUUAUUGAAUAUUUACAGAUAAAUUGUGAACAGUUAAAAACAACGGCAGGAUUAUUGUAAUAACCUGCAGUUUUGUAAGAGUAUAUAUCUAAAGAAGAUGAAUAAAUGAGCCAAUUAAGUUAAUUAGGAUAUGCAGAAUACAUUAGAAAUAAAUUUAAGGAACCGCAGAAAAAGGGGGAAGGAAGUCAAGUUUUGAAAUGUCAAAAUGAUUGUAAAAUCAGUGAAAUGUAUAAACCUGAAAAGUAUAUAUAAAAAAAGAGAUAGUUUAAAAAAAAAUGGAGGUAAAAACUGUCAAAUCUCUAUACAGUGGUACCUCGGGUUAAGUACUUAAUUUGUUCCGGAGGUCCGUACUUAACCUGAAACUGUUCUUAACCUGAAGCACCACUUUAGCUAAUGGGGCCUCCUGCUGCUGCCACACUGCCGCUGCGCAAUUUCUGUUCUCAUCCUGAAGCAAAGUUCUUAACCUGAGGUACUAUUUCUGGGUUAGCGGAAUUUGUAACCUGAAGCGUAUGUAACCCGAGGUACCACUGUAUAAUGGGGUAGGAUAGCUGGGGGAAAAAAUCAUACCUGGCAACCAAUGCGCCCCUUUGGUUUCAGAUAAUACAUGGGUAGACGAGUCUAAGAAGCCCGGGACACAAAUUUUCACAGCCCUCUAGCAGCUUGUGGUGGCUCAUUUAGCAGAAGUAAUGUAUGUAGUGUUAACUCUGGAGGUCUAUCCUCGAUUCUGACCAAACUAAGCCUCCUAGAGCAAAAUAUACAUCAGGAGACUUAGUGGGGGGCAGCUUUCCUGCCCCACUAAUAUGGGAAUGAGACACACGGUAGUUGAACAGCAGCAGAGGAAGCCCCUCGGGUGCCUGGGGCAGUGUGCCCUGGGACAGGGCGAGCCACCAUAGGGGUGGGGCGAGGGCAGGGUGCACCACAGGGGUCUCCGGAGUCUGCCUGCCUCUCCCACUCAGCCACCCUACAGCUGGGGGGGGGGGAGGCAGCGGUUGGACUCUUUGGGCAGCGCGGAGUCUGCGUGUGCCCAAGCCACUGUGUCUCCCAGAAGAGACGUGUGGCUCGGGUGCACUGCAGGCCCCACAGUGAGUGCUACCCAGCAUUUUGUCACCCCCCUGAGUGGCGACACCCAGGGCGGACCGCGCACCCCCUUCCUCCGCCUCUGAAUAGCAGUGCAAUGAGACCAUGAUACGACUUCGCAAAUGUCAAACAAACCCACCUGAACUGUGGCAUCUGCAGGUGCCAAGUGAAUCUCCUGAGGUGGAAGUGGGGAUAGUGGAAGGGAUGUGAGAUAUUUGUAUCGGACGUUUAUUCUCACAACAAGCUUGUGAGGUAGGUUGGGCUGAGAGGCAGGGACUGGCGCAAGGCUACCCAGUGAGCUUCAUGGCUGGGUGGGGAUUUGAACCCUGGUCUCCCAGGUCCUCGCCCAGCAACAUCUGGCCACAGGUUUACCAAUCCUGCUGUAGCAUUAUCAUUGUCGUUAUCACGUACAGCAAAAGCUUAUGCUUACUCAGAAGUAAAUCCAAAUGGAUUUAGUGGGCCUUACUCCUGUAAGUAAAUUUUGCCUCAGACUUGCUCAGUUUUGCCUCCGACUUUUCUGGAUUCAGGGAGUCAGUGCACUGUAACAUAUGCAGUGCCGGUGCCUCAGCAGGAGCUCAAUCUUAACAGAUGGCAGCUGUGUUCUUCCUGCUGAUGCAGCUGAUCUCCACAGAAUAGCCGGCAGUGUCCUUUGUUCCAGUGGUUUGCCUGCGGAUCCUGUGAGUUAUUCUCCUUUUACAGAAGGGGAACUGACGGAUGCCCAAGACCACUCUCAGUAACUCCCAUGGCAAAGUAGGAUCUGGAUUGAAUCUUUGAAGGUGACUUGGAAACUACAACUAAUCCAGAAUGUGGCAGCUAGACUGGUGACUGCGAGUGGCCGCCCAGACCACAUAACACCAGUCCUGAAGAAACUUCAUUGGCUCCCAGUACGUUUCCGAGCACAAUUCAAAGUGUUGACCUUUAAAGCCCUAAAUAGCCUAAGCCCAGUAUACCUGAAGGAGUGUCUCCACCCCCAUCAUUUAGCCAGGACACUGAGGUCCAGCUCCGAGAGCCUUCUGGCAGUUCCCUUACUGCGAGAAGUGAAGCCACAGGGAACCAGGCAGAGGGCCUUCUCAGUAGUGGGGCCGCCCUGUGGAACUCCCUCCCAUCAGAUGUUAAGGAAAUAAACAGCUAUCUGACUUUUAGAAGACAUCUGAAGGCAACCCUGUUUAGAGAAGUUUUCAAUGUUUGAAGUUUUAUUGUGUUUUUAAUGUUCUGCUGGGAGCCGCCCAGAGUGGCUGGGGAAACCCAGACAGAUGGGCGGGAUAUAUAUAAUAAAUCAUCAUCAUCAUCAACAUCGAACUGUAGAAUUGGAAGGGACCCUGAGGAUCAUGUAGUCCAACCCCCUACAAUGCAAGAAUAUGCAGCUGUCCAAUACAGGGAUUGAACCUGCAACCGUGGCAUUAUCAACACCAUGCUCUAACCAACUGAGCUAUCCGGUUGAUGAGACUCUUGCCUCACGUUUCAACCCUGAACUUUGAGUGGGGAACCUUUUUCACCCCAAAGGCCAUAUUCGCUUCUGGGCAAUCGUCUGGGGGCCACAUGCAAUUGGUGGGUGGGGCCAGAGACAAAAGUGGGAGGGGCAACAAAUGUGAUUUAUUUAUUUUUCUAAAACCACUGUAUAGCAGGCCAGUUUCUUCAUGCUCAUCCAUCCCUCUCUGUCCUCCAUCCAGGCAAGAAAGAAGCAUUACCAGGAAUCGAAGGGCACAUUGCAGCCAGGCAAAAACAGUCCAGGAGGUUCCAAUGCAGGGCUGGGGAGGGUCCAGCUCAGGAGGGGGUGUGGCCUGGGGAGAACCCCGGGGGCCAGAUGGGGAAGCCUGGAGGGCAUCAUCUGGGCCUGAGGCCCUGCAUCCCUGCUCUGGACCAUAUUGGCUCAGGCAUGAACUUAAAUCAGGUCGUAGAGUUGUAUGUUUGCAUCUAGCAACAUCUAUUUAUAAAAAGCCUUCCCCGCCAAUUAAAAUUGUGCCCCCAGCCGCUAUUUGCCCCAGUUUUAAUUUGCAAAACUUCUCCCCACCCUCAACCCGUUGUGUUUAUGAGUUCUGACAUCCCUUUGUUUAUAGAAAGAACCCAGAAAGUUGGGGCAGGGGUGGAGGGUGAUGUGGAUUGGGAUCAUGCCAUGCAGGGUUGUGGGUGUGGGUGUGUGUUGAAAUAUUGUUUUUUUAAUUAGUGAAAUAAGAGAUAACAGAAUACAAAACAGAAGGAUACAAUUAAUGCCCUUUGUAUGCACUUGGACAAUAAUUCGCAUAUGACAAAAGCAAGUAUUCAUAAAUUAAAAUUGAGUCAACAGGAUUCUGCAGGGUCAGAGUGUCAAUGAGAGUUGACAGAGGCUGUUAAUCCUUUCCUCCUGCAUUGUUUUCCUGCUGAAAAUCGCUUCCUGAGCUUGUCCAUUGCCCCACUUGUAAUGUUUUGAACCAAAUGACAGCUUCUGGAAAUGGGGUUUUCAGCAGGGAAGUGGGGCAAGGCUGAGGGAGAAAAAAUUGUCAUCCCAUUCAAAUCUGUGGGACUUGAUUAUCAAUCAAUAUUCUUACGAUUUCAGAUCAGCCACUAGAAUACAUCUAAACACAUGCAAUUUUACAGUUUCCAGGCAAAAGCCUUUUUGGGAUUAACAACAUAACAAAAAGCAUUGUGUAUGCUUUGUUCACAAUUAAACUAGAACUACGGUAGUUUUUGAGUGCUGGUGUGUUUGGUAGAGGGCUUUAAUCAUCUGGUUCCCAGCAGUGCCUGCUGAUGCACAGAAUUUUGCCACUUUGAUGGUGAUUUCGUUAGCAGAGUCUAACAAAAGGAAGGAAGUAAUUUUUGUAAAUAAAUGAGACAGGGCCCUGGUCACAAGCAUGUGAAUCAUGUCCUUGAAAUCAUGUCUGGUUUGACCUUCAGUGAAGUUGUAUUUGGGGGUGCUCCAGCGAUUGCUCCAGAUCAGAGUACCGUUAAAGGGCCACAUACCGUGAGCUGGUGCAGAGGUCAGCAAUCCUAGUGGUUAGAACAUUGAGCUUGAACCCAGCUUUAAAUCCAGACUUGGCCAUGAAGCUCUGAGGACGGCCUUCGGGAAGAUUCGCUAUUGUUCAACCUAAAAGCUGUUGUGAGGCUCUCUAUCUCCUUAGAGGAAGUUCUUCGGUGGAAAGAUGUCUGCAGCUGGCCCUGGCCCCUCCUCCAUGCUCCUUAACUUGUCCCAUUUCCAGCUUCUCCUGCCCCACUGGGCAUCUUUCCACCCCUCCCAAGGCAUUCUGGGAAGACUCCUGUAGACCCGUGGCCCUCUCCUCCCGCCAACCAUAGGCUGAGCUCCAAGGGUCAUCAUGGCAGGCACAAGAAGCUGGUGGGAGCUGGCAGUGUCUGUUGCGGCUGCAUUAGUCAGAACUCGCACCGUCGACUUACAUUUGUAUUUAUUGGCAUUAGCAGACACCUUGCAGAAAGGAGGAGGAGGAGUUUGGAUUUGAUAUCCUGCUUUAUCACUACCCUAAGGAGUCUCAAAGCGGCUAACAUUCUCCUUUCCCUUCCUCCCUCACAACAAACACUCUGUAAGGUGAGUGGGGCUGAGAGACUUCAAAGAAGUGUGACUGGCCCAAGGUCACCCAGCAGCUGCAUGUGGAAGAGCGGGGAAGCGAACCCGGUUCCCCAGAUUACGAGUCCACUGCUCUUAACCACUAUGCCACACUGGCUCCCAGCAGUGCCUGCUGAUGCACAGAAUGCACAGAAAGACGAGAGGGGGGAAAACCGGGGCCUUCUCCAGGGUUGCGUGAGCCAACAAAGGGGCAAAGGACAGCAUAUUGCAAUUUUACACUUGCUGAAACCCCCUCUCCUGCUGUGCUAUCAAAGGUGCAGGAACAGGAACCUAGGAAGCUGCCUUAUGUUGAGUCGGACUACUGGUCCAUCUACUGGUCCAUGUCUGCACUGAUUGGCAGCAGCACUCUAGAGUUUAAAACAACUUUCCCAGCUCUACCUGGAGAUGCCAGGGAUUGGACUUGGGACCUUUUGCAUGCAAGUCAAAUGCUCUGUCAAUGAGCUACAGCCCUUUGUGGGUUGUGGUUUUUUGUUUUUUUUGUAUCUAGGCACCUGGGGUCUUUUGCUACCUGAGGCUGAGCAGCAGGUGGCAUUCCUCUAGACAUCUCUUUCCAAUCAAGGACAGGGCUUCCGUAGUGGUAUGGAAUCAGGCAUCGAAGCAGGAGAAAUUACAUCUUUAGUACAAGCAUUAAAGGUGUAGGAGCCCUAUCUUGUUUUUUAUCAGGUCACCCUAUAUUCUUCCCCCCAACCCCAAAUAUAUAGUACUCAAGGCUACGGUGGCUGCUUAUAUGCCACCGAAAAAGAGGAUAUAGAUCACAUUUACAUAUGCCAAUUUAGAUGUUUAUAAAUGCAAAAUGUAUUUAUUUAUUCAAGCAUUUAAUUUAACUCAGGCUGCAUACACACCAUGCAUUUUAAAUACAGGCAACUCCCAUGUGACGCGGAGGUUAUGUUCUAAGGCACCACGUGUUUAAGUGAAACCGCGUAUAUUUGAAAUGCCAUUGAAGAAGCCUGCAGAAACUCUGUUCUGCUCCCACCCUGUCUCUGUUCCGCCCAUUUUUGUGAUGUUUUCGGGUCACAUUCGGGUUCAGUGUGCGUUUGCAGUUGUGCACAUAUCGCUAAAAUGGUCACUGCCUGUAUUUUGAAAGCACAUUGUUCUCCUCAAAAGAACCCCAGGUGCUCUCGUUUAUCUCUCACCAAGCUACUAUCCCUGGCAAUCACCCCCAAAGAAUCCUGGGGACAGUAGUUUGUUAACUACAGUUCCCAGAAUUCUUUCGGGGUGAGAUUCAUGUGCUUUCAGCGCAGACCCUGCAAGUGUCCCUAUUUUCCAGGGACGUCCCUGAUUUAGAGAAGCCUUCCCGGUUUUUGAUUUGAUCCCAGAAUGUCCCACUUUUUCUUAGGAUGUCCCUAUUUUCAUUGAAAGAAUGUUGGAGGGUAUGGAGUUAUCCAACCCCCGAGCCGCCUGAAGGCAAUCCUGUAUAGGGAAGUUUGUUUAAUGUUUUCUUAUGUUUUUAAAUAUGUUGGAAGCUGCUCAGAGUGGCUGGGGCAAGCCAGUAAGAUGUGUGGGGUAUAAAUAGUAAAACUAUCAUUAUGGAAGGGGGCGUCCCUUAUUUUCAUUGGUAUGUAAAUGUAUGUUGUGUACCUAAAAAGCCAGAGGUAUACUUCAUCUGAACAUGCUUAGUGAAACAGAAACGUCUUCAGCAGGUGACAAAAUAUUAAAAUGACGAGGCUUUGUUUCUGUGCUCAGUGUGGGUCCCCAAAACUGAAAGCUAGCAGUGUCUGUGAUAUGGAAAAAUAGGGCUGGUUGUCUUUUGCUGCCCAACUCCCCAAGGGACUGAGUCUCCUAAGUCCAUGAUCGGUCUGAGAUGAAUGGAUGGAGGUAGGAGGCAGUGAAAGCAAGGCAGAUCUUUAUUUUUCUGUUGCAGCAGAGUUCCCUCCCCACCUAGCAAGGAGCAAAGAGAGACUCAGAACCAAGAAGAUACAUCUCUUUUAAGGGUUUUCAUUUUGGUGUGGUGAAGAAGGACAUCCCCUUUACAAACAGUCAGAAAUCACAUCACACAUAAGGUGAGGUUGCUGUGGCUCAGGCAGGCCAAGGUGUGAUAUUCCUGAGGAUUUGGCAAGUUUUGCAUAGUUCCAGACACAGUUUACACAAAACAUUAGCAUUUGAUAAGACAGUCAGGAUGUCCUCAGUGCAGAGCAUCUGGGCAAACGAUGACAACUAAUACAAAGGAGGUUCAUAGAUAUAGCAGAGGAAUCGCUUCAGGAACUUCCCCUCAUUGCUACCUGCCUACGUGGUCUCAGGCAAGAGGGAUUAAGGAGGCAGAGGAAAUAUUUGGAGUCUUUAGGGGAGCCAAGAUGGCUUUUGGAUUGUUCUCUUGUACUAUUGUAGUCAUGUGGUUUAUAUACUUACGUAUGCUUGCAAUUAUCAACAUUUAUUCUAUAUUUGAGACCUUAGAAUCCUUUUAACCCCUGGAAGAAUGCUGCUGCCAGGAAGGGAGGCAAAGAUGGCCGCCCUUGGUGAGAGGAUACAAACCAAUCGUUCCGGAGCCGGAGACAUGUGAGAAGCUUUGGUUGCCUUUCUGAUGUGAUUUCUCUCCCGCCUCCCCUUCGCAGUGACGUUGUGCCAGGGUGGCUGCGUGGAGGUGGACUCGUACACCGAGGCCGUGGCCGGCAACAGCUUCCAGAUCUUGUGCAUCUCCUGCAAGAAGCGCAGCGAGACGGAGGCGGAGGCCUUCACCGAGUGGUUCUUCAAGCAGAAGGGGGAGGAAGAAUACGUCAAGGUGUGUGCCGUGGCGAUGUAAGGGCAAGCGGUUGUGUGGAGGGGGCGGUGGGACAGGUGAAAUAAUGGCCUGUUCACUCCCUGGACCAGGAAAUGUUGUAAUCAACUUCAUCAUAAAUACACAGAUCUAGAAUAAGCUUGUGGGAUCUGCCCUAAUCCCACCUUUGGACUACAAAGGCCAUCAAUCAAAGGCAAGUGCAAAAUAGUGCCUGGAAGCAUGGUGUAAGGGAGUCAUUGGAGCACCUCACAAUUGCCUAACCUUGGCUCCCAUACAUUCAGGUUGGGGGUUUACAAGCAAGAGACUUCAGCCAGGAGACAGAAGCAAAACAGCAGGCUGCAGGCCUCAUCUUUAUUAUUGCAACAAGACUUCCCACUACCACAAAGACGAAGCAGCAAUAAGCCCCGAACAGUGGCUACAUCAGUAUUUUAAAGUUUCCCAUAAUGCAUUUCCAGAAGCAUCAUCAAAACGUUAUAGAUACUGUAUGUCAGAGAAAAGGUGUGGAACCUGAGAUCCAGGCAUGCCUCUGUCACUCAAAUAUAGUCUUUCACAUUCACAGUUCCCUAGUCCCCUAGUCAAGUCAAAUACACCCCUUUGUCUUGUUGGGGGCUUCAUCCCACUAUGGGGUGGGUAGGCACUGUGACUGAGAUGGUUAUCUGUCUGACACUCUUGGGGCAGGAUUUCAGCCAUGACUGUACGUCUCAGGAAUUAUGGUGGGCUCACUCACCCCUCCCCUUAUUCUUCACUUCCCUGGGACCUAAAUGCCAUUGGAACUGAGAAGAUUGAUACGACGAUGUGAUAUCUUAUGAAUUUCUAAAGUUUUCCCAUUGAGCCAGUUUCCACCCCCCUCAAUGUAUUUUUUCAGGGGGCUGGGCUCCCCCCAACCAUGGAGGGAAUAUAUAUGGUACUUUUGCAAGUGCCAAGUAAUGUUUGUUCUGCUUUUGUAAGAAAUCAAUCCCUUAGUGGGACAGCACCCAUUCUUUGGAGCCCAUUGAUAUUAGGCAGGAGUUGUUUUCUUUUCGUCACCUGCUAAAAACUCUUUUGUUUCAGCAAGCCAACCCAGGCAUAUAACUUGAGCAUUUUAUUUUAAUUAAAAGUAUGUGGUUUUUUUUUAAAAAAAAUCCCUGAUUGUAUUUAUAUUUUACAUCUUUUAUAUAGUUUGUUAUUAAAUGUUUGUUCCUAUCAAUAUUUUAAUAAGUAUUUUAAGUUGUUGAAAACUAGUUAGAGGAAUUUUUGUUGUUCUAGCAUUCCAAUUCUAUUGAAUAAUAUAUUCAAUAGAAUAUUCAAUAGAAUAUUCUAUUGAAUAUAUAUGCUCUCCUCUACUGAUUGAUCCCAGGGUGGCAGGCACUUGUUUUAAUCUAACAAAUAAGUUGACUAAAUGCUGGAAACUAUACAUGAAACGGGCACGCAUGGAGUAUGCACACUCUUCGUACACCAACUGCAAUUAAAUGCAGAUAGUCUGAUGUGCUGGACCUCCCAAAAGACUCCCAUUGGGUGUCUUUUGUUCCUUUGAAAUGGCUUUGUUGAUUUGUGAGUUCCAAGGUACUUGGUGUUCCCGAGAGCUCUUCCCCAGGCUAUUUUUAUUAACUACAUCAAUGAUUAACCAUUUUAGGAGCACCUGCAUGUAUAGGAGGUCUCAGAGAGAAAGAAGAAGACAGAGAUGCAGGCAAAAGACUUUUGGGAACAGGAUAGAGGCAGGAUGGUGUAAACAAAGCCCAUAAAAAUCGUGCUGGUGGACCUUAGAUGGCUUUUACAGGGUGGUCACCAUCAUAAUAUAAAAGGACAACAUUUGCAUUGUGCUUUCCAGCAUUCAAAGUGUUUCAUAUACUUCACUUAGUUGCAACAGGGGUGGGCAGCCUAUGGCCCUCCAGAUAUUGGACUCCAAAUCCCAUCAGCCCCAGCCACUGUGGCCGAUGGACAGGGAACAGGGGUAGGGGAGGCUGGCGCACAUUGGGACUGGUAGGGCAGAAGAUGGACUGAUGGGGCACUGCCCCACCAAACUCACUUUGUCCUCAACCAGCCUGCACUUGCCUGCCUUCUUACAACCAGCCCAAGGGCUAUCAGCUUUCUCCUCCUUAGCAUUAGUGUUGCCCUUGCAGAAUUUUGCAGGAGGAGGAUGGGAACAAAACUAGAAUGAGUUGGCUCUGCCUGUUAUGAGCUCUGGCGCCACCUACUGUUGGGCUCCCUGUCUUCCACCCUACCAGUCCCAAUCUCUCCUAGCAGACCCGCCAUCAUCCCUGAAAGCGGGCUCGGAGCCAACAACCCUAUAUGCAAGCCUGUAUUAUUCCCUUCCAGAUUGGUGUUGGGAGUCUGAGGCUGUGAGUGGGAAAGGUUUGCGUAUUUCCACCUAGUGAGUUCAAGAUUGGAGUUGAGUACGUCUUGCCUUAUAGUAGGGCCACCUCUGCCAACCAGGCUUCUCUGUGUGUGGACUGAACCUCACCUGUCCUCCAGAUCCUUCGCUAUGACCCAGAUGAGAGGCUCAACGUGAUGGAUCCUCGCUUUGAGGGCCUGGUUCAUUGGAACGGGACCAAGAACAUCCGGGACUUGCAGGAUCUCUCCAUCUUCAUUCUUAAUGUGACCUUUGACCAUAUGGGUGAAUACGUCUGCACUGUCAACCGCACGCUCUUUUUCGCGGCGGAGUUCACACACAACAUCAUGGUCAACAAGACCAUCCAUGUUACGGUGGUAGACAAACGUAAGUAUAAGCUUGGAGCUAAGGGGAAGUGGAGGAAGAAGCUGGGGUGGUGGGGGACUCUUGGCGGGCUGUGAAACAGUGGUGAGCUUAAGACAGGGACGGGGGAUCCUUCCUUCAGCCCAGAGGCCUUGUUAGACCACCAGGCCGUUUUGGCCAAGCCACAGCAACCUUCCCUACACCUGAUGUUGUAUAUGAUGUCAGGUGUGAGGCAGGUAAAGGCAGGGUGUGGACAAAAGGGGCUUUGCAGUCCCAGCUGAUCCAUUGUGCCUGCAAAGCCCCUUAUACAGCACUUCCCAAGUGCUAACUAGCAACUGAUUGUCAGCGCUUGGGAACUGCUGGGGAUGAGGCUUCCCAAGCCCUGACAAUCAGCUGAUAGUCAGGGUUGGGAAAACACUGCACUCAGGGUUUCCCCAGUGCUGAAAAUAAGCUAAGGAAGCCCCAUGUACUGCGUGUGGGAGGGUUUUUUUUGCCCAAUGAAUUUUUAUUUCAAAAAUGGGUCACCUGGUAUCACAGUAAUUUCAGGUGAUUGGCAGGUGGUCAGCUCCACCCACCUGUGAGAUUUGGCCUUCAUGUGUGUGCUGGCCAGAUUCAUUUCUCUGUGCUUGGUUUAAAACAGAAGAAAAGCACUGGUGGACCAAAGGUCCAUCUCAUCUCAUCCAGCUUUUGUUUUCCACAUUGGCUAACCAGACGCCUCCGGGAAGUCUGCAAAUUUCAGUCAUUUGCAUAGAGCUACCAGCUUUAAUCUGUCCAAGCAACAGAUAAACUGACUUUAGAGCUGUAGCUGAUUAAUCGGCGGCAGCCUAUUGUACCGGAUGGGGAUGAAAAUUAAGGGCACAUGUUUAUAUCUGGAAGCCCUUUUUUGGUUCUGGUGUGUUGCUGUAAUAGGAAUUGAAAGGGGGGGGGGGAGUUUUAACAACCAUGGAUGCAGGGAGCUUUUGCUUGUUAAAAUUGUUAGAAUGGUAAGAGGCUCCCCACACCCAAGCUAAAGGGAGGACCAAUUUGCAUGGCAGGACAAACAUGACUCAAAAUCUGGAGCCGGAGAGCAAAUGCAGCUAGAAACGUGCAUUAGGGGUGUGUGUGUGCCUGUUUUGUUUUGCACAUCCUUAUCUCUGUUCUUCCUUUCACAGAAAACCGGGAAAUGGCAUCCAUCGUUUCUGAGAUCAUGAUGUACGUUCUCAUCGUCGUCCUGACCAUCUGGCUGGUGGCUGAGAUGGUCUACUGCUACAAGAAGAUCGCCGCGGCGACGGAGGCAGCUGCUCAAGAGAAUGCGUAAGAAGCGUGGGUGGCAAUAGGAGGGGAGUUGUGCGUGUGCGCGCGCACACGUGUUGAGAAGCUAAAAGAAAGAGCAACAGGACACCUGUGCUAGCUCCAGCUUUGAUCCACCUUGGCCAAAGUGCCCUCUGCUGGGCCAGCUUCUACAUAGGCAGAACUCCCUCCAGGGGAGUGACAUGGUUGUAGUGCAUUGCUACAGGGUCAUUGCUGUUUGAAUUUCCCACAGUGCCUCAGGGCAGCUUUACGUCAGGGGCAAUAUGGGUAAUUUAAAGUGGUAGGUGGCUCCUGGACUGGUAUAGGAAGCCCAGGGCUGCCGACAACAGUGGACCCUCUGGUGUUGCCAAGGCCCCAGCAGCUGCCUGAGGAUGCCAGAUGUUGGCCCUGGCCCUGCUGAAGGUGGAGAACACAGGGUGAUGCAGGGGAAGGACACAGGAAGUGAAAACAUCUGGACUGGACCGUGUGUCUUACUGGAUCAGAGGGAGCUGGGAAGCAGGCCAAAGGCCCUUCCAGUGGAAGACUUCCAGUGUGUGUCUUGCAGUGGUUUUAUGCCUUAACUGGUGGCAAAGCCAGGUUCACCCUUUCUUUUUGCUGUUAUAAUCCUGCUUGUUAGCCUGGCAAGAAGCUGCAGGCUCAGCUGAAAGCUAUUCAUUGCCUACCUCAAAGCUCUCCUUGCAGAAUAAACAAGUCCUUGAGACACCUGUUGGCUGUGCGCAUAAGAACAUAGCAAGAGCCCUGCUGGAUCAGGCCAAUGGCCCAUCUAAGCCAGCAUCUUGUUCUCACAGUGGCCAACCAGAUGCCCAUUGUGAGAAGCCCACAAGAGCACUCCUGUGGUUUCCAGCCACUGGUAUUUAGAAGCGUUGUCACCUUCAACUGUUGUCCUCAAAUUGCACUUGAGGCAUGCUUUUGCCAAACACUUAAAAUAUCCUUGAUGGUUCCCCCAGAAUAAACUUAAUGUGUGAAGAGGCCUUCACGUGUACUUGAGGGGCUGGUUAGAGAGCUUUGGCAGACCCAACCUGACUUGUAAGCCACUAAAUGGAACCUGGAACAAGGCCAGCUCCAGGUUUGUUGAGGAGGGGUCUUGUCAAAAUGUACCCCCACCUAGGCCUGAGGCUGCCUUGGCAGGCUAACCUGGCAACAAUGAUAGGCAGCAGCCAUGCCCUGAUGAGCACCAGGGCCAUUUUGUUUUCCCACAAUGCCCUUGGCGUAACAUCUCUUCAGGGCAUUCUGGGAAAUUAAAAUGGCAGGCAGCUCCCAGACCCACCCAUUUGGUGUUUGCUUCAGCACCAGAAAAGAAAACACAGUUAUUUUACAGAAGGGCCCAGGAUAGGCACCAGCAACGGGCCACGCUGGGGCUCUUGUAGCUGCUGUGUGCCUGUGCCAGCCCUGGUUAUGGAGGGUGGGGAAUCGGGGCAAAAGCCCACCUUACACAUAUUUCCGCUUCUCUCUUGUGUCCUGAUAGCUCUGAAUACUUGGCCAUCACGUCGGAAAGUAAGGAAAACUGUACAGGGGUGCAGGUAGCUGAAUAGCCCACGUAGGGCUGUUGGCGGGCACAGGACUUCCUGGCUGGCAGGUAAUGUAUUGCGAACAUUGCCGCUUCAUCCCCCUGUUUUCCAAGAGUGACAUCAGCAAAAGAUGCCCCUUUCCCCAGGAAAUGACUGCUGAAAUCUUAGAUGGGAAGGAGAGGCGGGCAGGGAAAUAUGGGAAGAGGCAAGAGGUUAGCAAGGGACAAAUGUAGGCAAAUGCAGUUAUGAGCAAUUAAGCUUUGUUGCCAUGGGGCCUACCAAACAAAAAAAACCCACCUCUAGUGGAUGGCGAUUGCACUCAAUAUUCCCCGCUCUAACGGCUUCUAAUAUCGAGAGUGAUUUUGGCAGGCUUCUGAGGGAAAAGGUUAAUUAGCAUUCUAUUACCACUUCCCUGUUUUAGAUUAAAUAGCAGGGGGAGACGGUGUGACAUACAGAGGGAGAAAAGUUCUGUCUCUGGGCAGGGCUGCCAACUUCGACUACAGAGGGGCACUUGCAUGCCUUUAACAGCUGUGUGGCAAGGGAAGAAUCCGGGGGGGGGGGGGGUUGCAGCUUUCCCCUGGACUGUGGCACAACUUUGGGGAAACUGGCCCUUGUUGAGACUUCCUCCAGCACACUGCUGUCAAAGGGCCCGGAAAUCCAGUGCCGAUUCUAGGUUAUUUCAUUUGCACUUUUUCCAUUGGGCUCAGUCCGCAUGGGCACCUAGAGCAGGGCACCCGUGGGCCCUUAUGGGCCUUUCUUGGUGCCCGCAGAGUCCGCUCUCUCCUGCACCCAUGCUCCCCACGCCACAGAAAUCAGCCUUGGAAGAAGCAUUGCAGCCAACAGGCUGCGGUGUGUGUCUGGCUAUGUAACGCCCACUGAAAUUUCCCCAGAUUGUGUGCCCAUGCGCCUGGAAAGCUUGGCCACCCCUGGCCAAGAGGGCGAGGCCGAGGCGGGCAAAAAAUAAGCUGCCGUACCUUCUCCUCACAACUCUCUUGCUUGGGCGAACGGGCCCCGGCAGCAAGGAGGAGAGGCAGCCAAGGGGGCAGGGGUCUCUAGGGUUGGCAGUUGUGCCCACUUCCCACCUCAGAUGAGGCAUGGCAGGAACCCAAUUGUGCCAACCCUCAGUGCUGGACCUGAGCCACUUUGGUGCCUGAGAGAAAAGAAAAGAGAGAGGGAGGGAGGCGGUAAGCCUGAGCUCAGGUUCUCAUUAUGCGGUGGCAGUUAUCUAACGUUCCUGUGUUUGUUAACGCUGUUCCAGGGACGAGGAGGACGAUGGCGGAGAGGGAAAGUGACUCAGCAGAGGCAUCAGCAGCCCCUGAGAAGAUUUGA